AUGCGCUUUCUAUUGUUACUCGCCGGCGCAACAGCGGCGACAGCGGCGACAGCGGCUUACGUUCCUGGCAAAGUGUUCGACCGCUUCAUCACCAUCUGGCUCGAGAACCAGGAUUUCUCCGCCGUAUCCCAAGACGGCGAUGUCCUCGACCUUACGAAAGAAGGCAUCCUGUUAACCUCAUAUUACGGGCUCACGCAUCCCUCGCAACCGAACUACAUUGCGUCCAUCGGAGGCGACUACUUCGGUUUGAACCAUGACGGCUUCGUGCAGAUCCCAGGCAACGUGAGCAACCUGGUGGACUUGCUCGAUGCGAGAAGGAUUUCGUGGAAGGGCUAUUUCGAAGGCAUACCGGGGCCUGGCUAUAUGGGGGAGGGGAGCACGAGUGCAGAUGGUAGCGGAUGGGAUUAUGUACGGAAACACAAUCCCUUUGUAUCCUUUGACAAUAUCAGUCACAACGGCACUCGACUCGCCCGGCUCCAAAGUUUCGACGACUUUGCCAGCGAUGUGGAAGCAGAUACCCUGCCCCAAUACGCCCACCUCUCCCCCGACAUGCUCAACGACGGCCACAACACCACCCUCGCAUACGCAACCAACUGGACGCAGUCCUUCCUCGGCCCCUUGCUCGCGAACGAGAAGCUCAUGGACCGCACGCUCAUCCUGCUCACGUACGACGAGUCAGCCACGUACCCGCUCCCCAACCGCAUCGUCUCCCUCCUGCUCGGCGGCGCCGUACCGGAGCAGCUGAAGGGCACCACGGACGACAUGGUGUACACGCACUACAGCAUCCUCUCGACGCUGGAGAACAACUGGGAGCUGCCGACGCUCGGCCGCUACGACGUCGGCGCCAACGUCUUCUCCGUCGUCGCGUCGCAGACGGGCUACGCCAACCACCCGCCCGCCAACCUCGCUUCCAUCAACAACUCCCUGUCGUACGCGGGCUUCCUGAACGCCGAUCCGGAUCUGUACAAGCCGGUGCCGCCCCCGAAUCUGAAGCUGGUCGGCGCCGGGGGCAAGCCCCCGGAACGCAUGGUGGUCCUGCAGUGGGUGAAGAGCGAGGCGGAAUUGAGUCCGUAUGAUGGGACUGGGUUCCUCUACGAUGGGGGCAACGGGACGGAUGCGCCCAACGCGCCGCAAUACAGGCCGCAGGGGCCGACGAUGAGCUAUGGUGAGACGGCGGAGAGGUAG